ACAAAAUCCCAGUGUGUACAGGGAAGGGAGGCUAUCAGCACCCUGUGCUAUCUUCGCUAUCACUAAAGUAACGGUAUCUUCUUAGUUAAGAGCACAACCUACGUUCAUUGCUUGCUUCAGUUGCUUCUACAUUUCGUUUAUCAUUGUGCAAGGAACAUUAUAGCAUUGUAGUGUGGAAAGCAUAACGAUUUCUUCGAAAUGGAAAGCUACCAUAUGUGAACAUCUGUCAUUAGUAUUUAAUUGCCAAAAGAGUGUUUAUAAUUCAAGGAAGAUGAAUAGUGGAAACUAUGGCGCCACAGAAGGUCAGAAUAACUCUCAAAGCUUUGAAAAAAAAGUUCUUCUCUCCUCUUAAUGCUGCUUGGAUUGCGAUCUAGCCAAGAUGUUGGAAAGUGAUCAGGAUGAAGAUGUACUUUUUGAUGUUCCUGGCAGGCAGGGGGAAGAUGAACAUUUACUUAGGAGCCCAAAAGUCAGCGAAAAGAAAGCUGGAGCUAGACCUGUGCAAAAAAUCAAAAACUUCUUUAACAGAAAGUCUCAAUACCCGACCAGUGUUUUCUUCAUCUUAGGUACAGAGUUUUGUGAAAGAUUUAGCUACUAUGGGCUGAGAAGCAUUCUGGUACUGUAUCUAACACAGUGGCUUGGUAUGGGCAAAAAUGCGGCCACAGCCAUGUUUCAUACCUUCAGCUUUUUUGCCUACUUCUCUCCCAUAUUUGGGGCAGUCAUUGCUGACAGCUUUCUAGGCAGAUACAGGACCAUUCUGUACAUUUCAGCAGUGUAUGGUUUGGGAUGCACCAUUUUAUCACUCACAGCUUUGCCACCACCAGAAGUACCUGGUCCAGUUAUAGGACUACUACUCAUCUCUCUGGGCACUGGUGGCAUCAAGCCAUGUGUAGUAACUUUUGGAGGUGACCAGUUCACCAGUGACCAGGUGAAGCUGCGCAACACAUUUUUCUCAAUAUUUUAUUUAAUGAUCAACCUUGGAAGUGUUAUAUCGACUCUUAUCACUCCAAUUCUUAGAGCGGAUGUGCAUUGCAUUCAAGACAGUUGUUACCCUCUUGCAUUUGCUGUGCCUGCAUUACUUAUGUUUAUAUCUGUUGUAAUAUUUUUUGCUGGGCGACACCAGUACAAACAUGUUCCACCAACUGGAAGUCUUUUCACAAAAGUGUUCAAGUGCAUCCUGCAUGGCAUCCAAAUGAAAUGCAAGUACAGCAAGUAUCAGGAAGGAAAAAACCAUUGGCUGGAGUAUGCAGGAGAUAAAUAUGAGAUGUCAUUUAUAGAAGAUGUGAAACGGUUGUUGAAUGUUCUAUGGCUGUUUCUACCUCUGCCUAUAUUCUGGGCUCUCUAUAAUCAGCAAGGUUCCAGAUGGACUUUGCAAGCAGCAGAGCUGGAUGGCAGGAUGGGAGCUCUGGGAAGACUGAAGCCAGACCAGCUACAGGCACUAAAUCCCUUGCUUAUAAUCCUUCUGAUUCCAGUUUUUGAAAAAAUGGUUUAUCCUUUAUUGGAAUCUUGCCGCAUCCCAAACAGCCAAUUACAACGCAUGGCAGCAGGCAUGACAUUUGUUACCAUUUCAUUUUGUCUGGCAGGACUGGUGCAGAUUAAAAUUGAUGACUUAAAAGACACACCUUUGUCAGGAAAUGCUGGCUACACCAUUCUCAAUGCAGCUGACUGUCCCAUCCAUAUUGAUGGUACCCCAUCACCAUUCUUCUCUGGCACCAUACAUCCUCUUCAGGCAUCACCUUACCAGCUGACUAGUGCAGGCCAAAAGGAAGUAUCACUUAGCUGUGAAGAUCAGACACAGUCUUUUUCAGUCAACAUGGAGCCAAACAAAUCUUGGCGCUUGAUUUUGACUGGAACUAAUAAUUCCUUGUCUUUAAGAAAAUUUGAAGACAGAAGGCAAAAGAGCUCAGAUGGACAAGCUCUUGUGAGCGUUGCAGACUUUUCUCAUUUGAGCCAUACUUGGUAUGAUGUUCACAUUGUGCCCACCAGUAACUCAAAGGCCAGAUAUGUCAAUUUCAACAUCUCCAUGAACAACGCGACAGAAUUUCAGGAGCUGGAACCAGGAGAUUAUGAUGUAGCUCUACCUGCAAAGGACCAUGAGGGCCACAUCACAUGGAAGAAGUCUGGACAGCCAUUUACUUUAGGCAGUGGAGGAGUGUACACAGUUGUUCUUCUUGACACUGUUUAUGGAGAGUCUGCUAACGUGAGCGUGAUAGUGUUCAUGACGGUGCAGGAGAAUUCCUUGUCUAUGUUCUACAUGGUACCUCAGUAUAUUGUCAUCACAGUUGGGGAAAUUAUGUUCUCCAUCUCAGGCCUUGGAUUUGCCUAUGCACAGGCCCCUCAGUCCAUGCGAUCAGUGGUGCAGGCAGCAUGGUUACUGACCACUGCCUUUGGUGAUUUAAUUGUGGUCAUUGUGGCUGAGGUCAGACUUCUGCCAAACCAGAUGUCUGAAUUCUUUCUGUUUGCUGGACUUCUGUUAGUGGAUGUGGUUAUUUUCACUAUCAUGGCUGCUUUUUACAAAUGUGUCAAAAUGGAGGACGAAGCAGUCGUUGUAAAUAAAACUGCAGAUGAUACAGGCUUGAUCAAUUCAUCGUUCAACGAAGAGAUGCCUCUUCAGGAUAAAGAUUAACAGAGUUUUGAUUGGCUGCAGUUCAUUCUACCUUCAUAUAGCAGAUCUCAAACCCUACCUCUAUCACAGAGAACUAGCACAUCCAUGAGACAAGUGCAGAUCAAAUGAUCUGAACCAUUGUCAAAAGUUGCUCCUUAGUGCCUCAAGAGGAGACACUGAGGGCUUCCAACUCCAGGGCAAUGUUCUUAUUUUAAAGAAACUGUCACUGCAUUACUCCUUAUUGGGAAAUGAGGUGAUUUUGUUAUUAUUAUUAAGGAAAUCAGGCUCUUACCCUGUUGAAAUUUUCAUGUUUAUAAAAUGGUGGAUCUGAUUAUUUUGCAUUCCACUGUUGCAUUGCAUGGAUGAUCACAUUUAGAGAUACAUUGGUGUUCAAGUAAAUACUGACUCAAUGCAAAAUGUGCACCUAUAUAAUAAGAUAAAAAUGUAUAUUUCUAAAGACAAUCCUUAAAGCCAAACAGUCCAGCCAUAAAGAAAAUGUGAGAAUGAACGUUUAUGGGGAGUUGUUUGUUCAGUAUAUAUAUACUUAUCUUCAAAGUAGAUACUUUAUUAUCCUGUGAUCUCGGUGACCAGUGCUCUUUAUAAAAUUUUAUGAUUUUUAUUUCUUACUAAGAAAACUAAUCGUUGCAAGCACACUUAGAUAAGAUUAUGAUAUGCUCUUUUCUCAUUAUAAAUAUUAAUUAUAUUAAAAAUUAUAAUUAUUAUAUUUGCCUUCAAAAUAGCUGAACCAAGGUGUGGUCUAAUAUCUAAUAUGUGUAAUUUUAUUAUGUUUAUAUAUAGAUAGAUAUGUACAUGUGUGGUAUCAUGGAGAAAAUUGGAGAGGAGGGAAAAUUCAACUCAAAAACUUAAUCUCACACCUCUUUAAAAGCACAAUGAUAAUAAUUCAAAAUUACAUUCCUUAUACUGUGUUCUACCAGUUUUAUACCAUGUGAUAUUUCUGUUGACUUUACAUGUGUUAUGUUGUGCAACAUCUGCACUGCAAAUACUUGUUAAAGAUCCAAAGCUUUUUAUUUUUUUUAAUGUGGACUUAGUGGGUUUAUUUUCCUGUUUUUCAGGAAACUGUCCAACUUUGCAAUCAAGCUCAUAAAUUCUUGAAGCCACUAACUUUUUAAAUGAUUAAUAUUUUGCUUGCUUACCUUGGAUCUUGUACUGUUUUAAACUGAAAUCUGAUUGUUAUUGAUGUAUAAAAAAGAUUUUUAGCCUACUAUAAUUGGGUUAAUAUGCUUCAUCUUAUAUUUUUCCCUUGUAUAUAGAUUUAAUAAAUUAUUUGUGACUGUACAUGCAUAAUUAUCUGUAUACUGUCUACUUCUUUAUAGGUGUCAUUUUAUGAAUAAUUUCAUUAUGUCAGUCCUGUGUUCAGAAUAAAAUUUGAGGUAUGUGUGCAAUUUGAUAAGGCAAGCCUUCACCAGACCAAUAAAGCACAUGUACUUCAACAUUA